AUGUUCGAUUCAGAUGCCUCAGAUACCGAUUUUUGCGCAAAUAAAAAAGUAUCAUCUAAUUCAAAACAAAUUAUAGAAAUAGUUUCCGAUUUCAUUCCCAAACGGCCUAACUCUCCCAUAACAACAGAUCCAAUAUCAGAAACAAAUAAAGUUGAAGAUUCUUGUUAUAUAGAGGAUAAAUCCAAAUGGUUGUCUCAGGAUUCUAAGCAUAGAAAACAACUAUCUCUUGUUCGUGCUUUAUAUGAUUUCAAUUCACCUGAAUUAUCGUCUUUAAAGUUUUCUGCUGGUGACGUAAUAGAAGUACUUAAUAAACUAGAAAAUGGCUGGUGGGAUGGUAUAUUGGGAGAUCAAAGAGGUUGGUUCCCAAGUAACUAUGUUGAACACCUAGAAGAAAAUGAAAUAAAUGAAUUUAAUCAAGAUAUAGUUUCAAACCAAAAAUCUAGUAAUGAUGACAAUGAGGAUGAUGACACUUACAGUAUACAAAUUGGUCUGGAACAAAGUUUAAUUCCAAAAGAUUCUGUUGAAUGUUUUUAUCAAAAAUCAAAAAAUAUUAAUAAUACUUUAAACGAUCCUACAUGGGUACCAGAUAUUGCUUUAGAUAAGCAAACAUCUUAUCUUAAUACUGAAAUAGAAAUACCGGAAACAAAUUUUUCUCCUUUUUUGACAUAUAAUGAUUAUUCUAAUGACAAUUUAAAAAUACCAAAAGAAAAAAUAUCACUAUUACCUAUUAAAAAUAAAAAAUAUAAAGACUUGAAAAUCAUUCCACAUCUAUCUAAAUCUCCGAAAAAUCCAUAUGUUAAAGGUGAUUUAAUUAAAGAUUUCAAUAAUCAAAAAAAAAAUUUUAUGGAAUACAAAGACUCAGAAAAAGUACAAAAUAAUAAAAAAAGCUCAAAAGAACAACUUAAAUCCUUUGCUUUUUUAUCACAAUCGCCUUCAGUAGAAACUAUAUCUCCUCUUGAAAAUUUUAUUAUUUCAAGUUAUGAAAAUCAAUUAGAUAUUCAGUCAUUGUCAGAAAAUUCUAUAAGUAACGAAAAUAGCUCUAAAAUGUCUGAUUCGGAUGAUGGAUCGAGUGUUUUAAUGCCAAUUUAUUAUCGCCCACAAACCCCAACUAAUUUUAAAGAUCUCGAAACUACAUAUUUAAGCUGUAAAGCGUUGAAGCUUUUACCUGAAGAAUUGAUACCUUCUUAUAGAAAAAUAUUUCAAAAUAUGCGCCAAUCAAUUAAUGAUUUACAUAAGUUUAUUCUACUAAACAUGAAAGUUUUAUUUCAAAAAUUAUGUGACUCAAUUAAAAUUACAGUAAUUUAUCUUGUACAUGCAUCGAAUAUGCUAAGAAUUGUUUCAAUGAUUGAUAAUCCUUUUCCAACUAUAAUAUCUAUAUCAGAAAAUGAUUUUAAAACUAUUAAAUGGUAUUAUCGAAAAAUUUUGGCAACACUAAGUAGACUUAUCCUUUCAACAAAACUUGCAUCAAGCGAAUGGUUACCAGAAAAUAUAACCUCCAGUGUUCUUAAUGAUGCAGAAGACGUAAUUACUAUAGUUGAAGAAUAUAUUGAGUUUAUUAUAUCAAGGGAUUCUAUAUAUAAAACACCUUGUAAAAUCAGACCAGGAUUCAUUAAAGAUCGUCAAGUUGGUGGUGGAUGGAAAGGAAAUGGCUUGAUUAUGUAUACUAAACCUACAGUUCAUAAUAAUAUGUUAUUGGAAUCAAAAUGUCAAUCUUCUGAUAAUUUACUUCUAAAACCAUUAUCGCAAGAACUUCUUUCGAAAUUAGAUGCAUUUUUGAACGAAAUCAAAUACUUACUUAACAAGUUUCAAAGAAAAUUACUAAAGCCUAAUUUUACAGAAAGUGAGAAAAAGUCAUCAAUUAUAGUUUCUGAAUUUUUCAUUAUUCAUGAAACACAAGCAAUUUUAAAAUCACUUAGUAUAUUUAUGGAAAUGAUUGAAUUAGUAGACGUUACACCGUUAGGAGAAAUUUAUGGAGAUACAUAUUCUCCAACAUUAUUUGAUUUUUUAAAUGCUAAACAAGCUCUAUAUGACUCAAUAAAUACCCUCGUGCUUAUAGUUCAAAGUUUUCCAAAAUUUAUAAACAUGUAUAACAAUGAUCCUAUUAUGUCUAUAGUUAAUUCUUCAAGAAAUCUCAACUGUUCUUUACAGAGUUUAAUGAUGACAAUUGAAUUUCUUGUAGGUGAAAAGGAAAUACGAACUAAAAGGCGUUCUGAAGAUUUAGCUCACUCAGCUCAUCUUAAUUCAUCUCAGAAAUCCUCAAUAUCAAGUAAUAUAUCUGUGGAAUCUAAUGAUUAUAAAACUCUUUUAAAAACAUCUCCUGCUACACCUAGAACUAAAACAAAGUUAAAGAAAAUUUUUGGAGAUGAAUCACCUUUUGGAAAAAGCCCUCAUCGAAAGGCAUCUUCAGUAUUUCAAAUACAAAAUGAAACAACACCAUGGUUUUUAGAACAUAACCAUGAAGGAAGAAUUGUUUAUGAUGACCAAGGAUAUUUAAAAGCAGGGACAUUAAUGGGACUAAUUGAACACUUAACAAGACAUGAUUUAUUCGACUCACUAUUUAACAAUACGUUUUUACUAACUUAUAGAACUUUGAUAUCAGCAGAAGAUUUUUUUGAUCUUUUGGUAAAAAGAUUUAUGGUAGCUCCUCCAGGAAAUUUAAAAUCUCAUGAAUUAGAAAUAUGGGUGGAAAAAAAACAAAAGCCUAUUCGACUUAGAGUAUUUAAUAUUUUAAAAAUUUGGCUAGAAAAUCAUUUUAUGGAGUCUAUAGAUGAAAAUUCAAAAAAAUUACUUAAUCGGAUCAAAGAAUUCACUGUUAAUAUACUAUCAGAGUCAAUUCCUGUAGAAAACCUUAUACGUAUUAUAGAUAAGAGAAUAAAGAACGAGGAUGAAAACCAUUUUCGUAGACUAAUAUUAAAUAUUGGCCUUAAUACGCCUCCUCCAUUGUUACCAAAAAAUUUAAAGAAAUUUAAAUUAUUAGAUCUAGAUCCUCUAGAAAUUGCAAGACAACUUACAAUAAUAGAAAGUAAAAUUUACAAUAAAAUUAAACCAAUAGAAUGCUUAAAUAAAGCAUGGAGUAAAAAUUUUGCUAAUGAUAUUGCUGAAAAUAUCAAAUCAAUGAUUUUAAAAUCAAAUCAAAUUACAGGAUGGGUUACACAUAGUAUUUUAAGUCAAUCAGAAGUGAAGAAAAGAGUUGAUAUUAUAAAACAUUUUAUUAAUAUUGCCGAUAGAUGUCGAAGUUUAAAUAAUUUUUCUACACUUACAUCAAUUAUCUCUGGAAUAAACUCAGCACCAAUACAUCGUCUUAAGAGAACAUGGGAACUAAUUAAUAAAAAAACUAUAAAUAUUUUUGAUUCGUUAAACAAAAUUAUGGAUUCAGCAAAAAAUUUUUCUGAAUAUAGAGAAUUAUUACAUGUAAUUAACCCACCAUGUGUUCCGUUUUUAGGUGUUUAUUUAACUGAUUUAACAUUUAUUGAAGAUGGCAAUCCAGAUAUGAUUAAAAAUUCUAAAGAUUUAAUAAAUUUUUCAAAACGAAUAAAAACAGCAGAAGUUAUUAGGGAAAUUCAACAAUAUCAAUCAGUAUCAUAUUCAUUUCAAAUUGUUCCAGAAAUACAAACAUAUAUUUUUCAUUGCCUUAAAGGAAUGGAUACUUUAGGGGACAUGUAUGAUCUUAGUUUAGGAAUUGAACCACGAGAAAGAGAUGAUGAGAAGUUAACACGAUUACUUCAAGAAUCAGGAUUAUUAUAA